AUGGAUAAGGCCAAUAUUCAUUACUUGCCCAUAGGGCUGACUACCUCACAGGUAGACCUGAUUGAGAUUUUAAUCUCGUUGCAUGCACACUCGCUGCUGAAAGAAUGUGCUAAGCGUUACAAUAAUGACAGCAAAGGUGCCGAUGUCUUGAAAACUGAGGACCACCAAGGCAAGUACCCAAUCAUCCCACAGAAACGUAUGACGUACAUGCUGGACGCUAACAUCAGGGCCAUUGCCAACCACCCGUCUCUGCUGGUAGACCACUACAUCCCAAGGCAAUUCCUGAGGAUGGAGCCCACUGAAAUAUCUAUAACAUCGAGCGAUAAAUUCAAGAAACUAAACACAAUACUGUCUAUGAUUAUACAAAGAGACCGCAAGCAAUUCCCAAAACCGUUGAAAGUUUGCCUGAUCUCGCACUCCAUCAAAGAACUGGACCUCAUCGAAGGCCUGGUCCUAGGGAAGUACUUCAAGAUUAAGAGAUUCUCGGGGACCCCUCUGUAUGACGAAAAGCAUGACCUCCCUUAUGACAUGCCGCCAAAAUCAGCUGCAUCUUCCCGCACUAGCAACACUAGCGGAGGCAAACGUGGAAGACACUUGUCCACGAGAAGCACCGAGAGUAGUACCACCGACGUUACCAUCAACACGAAGUCCACAAACUCAAACUCAACAAAUACCGCAUCUGUUGCUAGCUCGCCGAAUGAUUCUGAUUCAAAAACAACUGACUCAACUUCAACGUAUACUGGCUACACAAAGGAUACUUACCACUACUCAAGGAAAAUAAAGAAACAACUACAUCCCGACAUAUACAUUGACGAUUGGUUAUUCUUGACAACCACCAGACAUUUGACACACGACCCAACGCUACUGAAUAACAUCAAUGUUGACCUCAUAAUAUGUUUUGAUCCACUCCUGGACCCAUCUCUGCCAGGCGUCUCGUCCAUCAGGAACGUCAACGGUAAGUCAAACCCUAUCCCGCUAAUCAAGUUAGUAGUGUGUAAUUCUCCAGACCACUUCAUGCUGGAGAGAACCCUUUUGAAGAACGAAGAACUCAUAAAAAGCAAACAAGCUGAGGAUGGUAAGUUAGACGACGAUAGUCUCGAGUAUGUGAACACAGUAGAUGGACUAAUGCAUUUCCUACUCACAAGAAGCAAGUAUUAUAGGAGUAUGCAUGGAUCAGAUGAACUACAAACUGAUGUUGAUUACCAAAGACUAAUUACUUCACUGCUGAGAAAUGAAAACUGUAAUAAUGUCGUUCCCCAAUUGAGAAUUGAAUCAUUUGAUUUCAAGAAAGCAUUCAACGAGCAGGCCUCUAUUUUCGAACCUAGACUUUCCAAACUAAAGUACUCAAACUCAGAACUGAAAAUUUUCAAUACAGUAUUUGAUAUUAAGAGCUAUCAAUCGACAUUGAUGAAGCAAACUGUAGAAAGACUCAAGGACUUAGAGAAUGAAAAGGAAGAAAAUGAAAAAGUCAUUUUAAGGAAAAGAUUGCACAGUACUGAGACUCAAAAUGAGCUAGAUGGUUUGAAACAAGAGAUCGGUGUAUUCUAUAAAAAAUUCAAAGACGAUGAAAAAUCAAUGAUAGACUCUGAGAAGAGACUUGAGAGGGCUAAUGCAGAAACUUCGAAACUGAGGGAGCGUAUAUCUGCAGUGGAGGAGCAAAAGGCAAAAUUAGAAAGCUUAAUUAACUUAUCUACAGAUCAGGAGAUGAGUUCUCAAAUGGAGGAAUUAAACGAAUUGAUAAGAAAAACUAGGGUGAACCUGAAGGAACUGAGAACACAGAAUGAACAAAGCAGCAAUGAGAAUGACGAACUCAGGUCUCAGUACCAGUUAGAUUCCUCUAAAGCUGCGGAAAGCGCCAGUACUCUGUCAGCUCUCAGGACCGAGCUGGAAGAUCUAAAUAAGCUAUUGUCAGGCCCUGCCUUGAAAUUAAAGGUCAAUGCUCUUACUGCUGAAGAGAAACGUGUGAGGAAAGAAUUGUAUCAGAUUCAAGCCAAAUCAAAAUACUUGAAACACUAUAUCGAGCUGAUGGAAUCACAGUAUUCACUAAAAACCAACGGAGCACCAAACUCAUCGGUUGGAGGUCGUACUUCCAAUAAUAGUACAAGGAUCAGAAGCACUAGAUCUGCCACACCUUCAUACACUUGA